AAUCCGGUUAUAUCACUGUUGACCUGUCCAGCUUUCGAAAUUAUAUUUCAAUAUAGUGUUUUGAAUGUUAACUUGAAGUGCAACAGGUAUGGUUUACUAUGGGACUAGCAUGUGUGCAUUGAAAAUAUAUUCGCGCAUCUCUUGCACAAAAAUGUGAUCUAACCAGGGCCCUUGAUAAUAGCGGCCCAAGGCGGCCUUAUUUCGUUUUAAAUUGUUUUGAAGUAUUUUUGAGAAGCAAAAUGAGAUCUAAAUAGGAUGAAUUGAAUUGUAGCGAACCAUGGCAUUCCGGGAAAUCGCUAGCGGCAAUCUUCAACGAAAUAAAUUGCGACAGCAAAGUCUUCCAGGGGAGCGCGCUAAAAUUUUUACGGCUUGAGUAGUUGAGAACUUAUUUUUGUUUCUUCGAAAUGUGCGCUGGUAUAAUAUUGUAGCGAUUUUAAAUUCGUAAAUCAAAAAAAUUAGAUUUUGUUUUCAACAAAAACGAGAGAAAACGUGAUUCUUCUUGCUGCUUUGAGAAUCAAAAUCCCGCAUUGGGGAGGGCACACGGGGCACGUCACUCAGGGAGGACACGAGCGCAAAGGCCGGCGUUUUCGAUUCGCCCAUUUCAAAUUAGCGUCACUUUGGACUAAAAUUUUCAAGGGUUUAAGCAUCUUAAAGAAGCCAAAAGUGAACGCAAAAUAAACGGAGAGUAACUUAUAUUAACGCCUUCUGUUCAAAAUUUGGAGAGGUGGAAUUGCUGAAGAGGUUUUGUUCCACAAAGCUUGGCUAUUGUUUGGCGUUUCGUCAGCAGUGGCGUGACUCACCUUUUGAAGCUAUUUGCCGCGUAUACGUUGUGUUUUGCAUUUGUUCAAGUCCUGUAUUCGUUGUAUCUGUGCAAAAUUUUAUCUUCAAUAGCUGUUUAGCGGUUGAAGUUUCUUUUAAACUAAAGGACAACACAAUUCGAUUGAGCAAGAGUCCCAAAAAAGCUCGUGAAGUCGACAUUAUUGCUUCGCAAAUUUCGUGGGAGAAGAAGCGUUGCUUUGAAUGGGGUAUUUUAUCCCAGUUGGCGUGGUGUUUUAAUUAACAGCCGAGGAGCAUUUUUUAAAUGAAAUAUUUGUCUAACUAUGGUUAGUGCUCGUGAACUUGUGAGCAAUCUAAAAGGUACUUUACCGCCAUACGUAUGCCCUUUGUGCGACAAAGUCUACAAGAGCUGGUGCGGUAUAGAGUAUCAUUUGCUUCGCUUCCCUCAUGAAGGCGUCGAGCGACAUAGUACACCAAGUACGCCAUCGUCGAAGCGAACUAAAACGAAGAAAGGCCGUGGUAGGACGAAAAACAAGCGAGCAAAGUCACCGCCGCCUCAACCGUCCGUCGUUCGCGAAACGCUCACAUAUGCUCAAGCACAAAAAAUGGUGGAGUUCGAUUUCGCCGGACAUCUGCAAAGGCUGGAUAUCGGAGACUCGCUUGGCAUCGUUGAAGAACACGUACAGGACGAAAAUGGCGGGCUAGAUGAGACCGACGGUCAAACGCCGAAAUCUACAACUAAAACUAAAGCAAAAUCCAAGUCGAAAAACAAAUCUAAAACUGGCAAUGAAAUCCAGCCAGUUGUAGUUGGUUUACCGAAACCGGAGUUUCGGCUGGAUGAUGACUUUUGUGAACUUGAUGCCCCUGCACGAUCUACGACUUAUUUUAGAUUUAUUGAACGCACCUCUGAAGAGCUGGAUGAGGAGGUUGAAUAUAGUGCAGAUGAUGAAGAUGCAAAGUGGUUGAAACUAGUGAAUGAAAAACGGAAAAAUGACAACAUUGCAACAGUUUCCCAAGAUGUAUUUGAGUUGCUUAUGGAUCGCUUGGAGAAGGAAAGUCACUUUGAGAGUCAAAAUACUUGUGAUCCAAAUCAAUACAUUGACGAGGAUGCUGUAUGCUGUAUCUGCAAUGAUGGAGAAUGUGCAAACAGUAAUGUUAUACUGUUUUGUGACAUGUGCAACCUUGCUGUGCAUCAAGAAUGUUAUGGAGUGCCCUAUAUUCCUGAAGGACAGUGGCUUUGUCGGCGAUGUCUAAACUCACCAUCAAAACCAGUUGAUUGUGUUUUAUGUCCAAACAAGACAGGAGCAUUCAAACAAACUGAUGAUAACCGAUGGGCACAUGUUGUCUGUGCUCUCUGGAUCCCUGAAGUCUGUUUUGCAAACACUGUUUUUCUGGAACCUAUCGAUUCCCUUCAGAAUAUCCCUGCAGCUCGAUGGAAAUUGAGGUGUUACAUUUGUCGCAAGACUCAAGGUGCAUGUAUUCAGUGUUCAAAGACCAAUUGCUACACAGCAUUUCAUGUCACAUGCGCUCAACAAGCAGGAUUGCAUUUGAAGAUCGAACCAACCAGAUCAGAGAGCGGGCAGCCUGCUGUGAAGAAGUCUGCUUUUUGUGAUGUGCACAGCCCAGGUUGUAAUAAUCAGUCUGCAAAUGGUAGUGCCAGAGAGAGUGAGGAUGAUACUGAAGAAAAGAUAAUUCCAAGCAAAGCCACUCCACUCAAUCAGAAGACACCAAAAGACCUCAAGGAAAUACGAAAAAGGCUAUCUGAAAAACAUCCAACUGUUCCUAUUGUAAACAUUCCAUUUGUUCCAGCACACAGGCUUAGUAAAAUUGUGAGUCGUGUAGCAAUCCAGAAGAAAUCACAAUUCAUUCAAUGCCUUCAAGCAUACUGGAUGCUGAAGCGACAAUCAAGAAAUGGUGUACCACUUCUGAGGCGCCUUCAAGCAACUCAUCAGAACCGAGCAAGUGGUCCAGAAGAUCAACAAAGACGUGAACGAAUUGCAGCGAUGAAAGAGCAACUGCAUUUCUGGCAAAGACUGAGGCAUGACUUAGAAAGAGCACGGUUACUUGUGGAGCUGAUACGAAAAAGAGAGAAACUAAAGAGAGAACAUUUGAAGUCACAUUUGAAUGUUGUGGACCUACAAUUGAAGCCCCUGACAACAAUUUUGUCAAAGACUUUGUUGCAACUGCAAGCAAAGGAUCCUGGAGAAAUCUUUCUUGAACCUGUUGAUACAAGCGAGGUGUUGGACUACCUGGACGUGAUUACAGAGCCAAUGGACUUCACGACAAUGCGAGAAAAGAUUGACGGAAACGUUUACCAAAGUUUUGAUGAAUUUGAGAAGGAUUUCAAUCUUAUUUGGAAAAACUGCAUGGCAUAUAAUGCUGAGGAUACGAUCUACUAUAGAGCGGCAGUCAGAUUAAGAGACCAAGGUAAAACACUCAUACGAAGUGCUCGAAGAAUUGUUGAAAGGACUGGGGUUGAUCCCGAAACAGGUCUUCUCACACCUGAUGUGCCUACAGUAAAGGACAGAGAACUUACUCAAGAAGACUUCAUUCUUACUGACGAGCAACGUAAAGAAAUGAGCCUUGAAGAACAACUCAGAGAUUUAAAUGAAAAAUUGGAAAUGACACAAGCCAUUAAGUCAGGAAGUGCGAGAGCUCAAAGAAAUCGUCAAAUCCGAAGGGAAAUUGGUUGUCUCCGGAGAAAAAUAAAUCUUCAAGAAAGGCAGAGUAUCUCUGAACCUAGUGUUGCAGACAGCGAAGAAGGACUGUCUCCGGCGAAGAAACCCAAGUUCUCUCCAGACCCAUCCCCUACCUCUCAAGAGACUCCGAACCUCACAACCGCGUUGGACAUGUCGGAGACGAGCCUGGUGACAAACACGAGGGACGCCGAGCCUGUUGGAAACGUAGUCUCGACGCCAAGUAUCACAAACCCGCGUCCAGGCACAAAUCGCCGUAGCGGGAUCUUAUUUAAUAAGAAUAAAUUCCGAGCUCGACAUAAUGUUCUUACUAAAAACAAUGAUAUGGAGCUGGGAACGAAUUUGGGUACACCCGUGUUUGAGAAUGGCGAUGUUCCCGAAAUACUCGGAAAAAACGGUAAUGUUCGACGAAAGUCAACGACGAGCGAAUCGAACGAUGAAAAUAACUGGAGUAACCUCAAUAGGCUGGUUUACCCUGAGGAUACACCUGGUAAUGAGGGAUAUCCUGGAAGAAAGACGAGUCGUCUGAACAGUUAUCCAGAAGAUGUCCCUGAAGUCAAGGAGAUCCCCAUCGUGGAAGCGCAUCGGAAUAACUUCAAAGAAAAUUCACGACCAAAGCCGAGGAACUCGCGGAGCAAUACAAGCUGUUCCGAGGAAGCUACGGAAAAGAAACCAAACGAUCUCUUGGGCUAUGUUAAAAAGCGCGGUCGAAAAGCGCGAAGUAGAUGUAAUUCUGAAGAGGAUAUAAAUACAACCGACAGUGAAUGUAAUGGUGAAGCGUAUUCCCCUCGGAAUUCUGACACCGAACCGGAUAUGUUUGACUAUCUCGAUCUCGUAUGGGCUAAGUGCCGAGGAUAUCCGUCUUACCCAGCACUCAUAAUCAACCCGAAAACUAAACGAGGUUUCGUGCACAAAGGUGUUCCUAUUCCUGUACCUCCUGACGAUGUCUUAAAAGAACGAAGGUCGACUGAUGAGCAUUUGUAUUUAGUAUUGUUCUUCGAUGCCCGCAGAACUUGGCAAUGGCUGCCCCGUCAAAAGUUAUCGCUACUGGGUCAGAACAACUGCGUGGACAACACGAAGCUGUACGAGGGCAAAAAACCUUCUCUGCGCAAAUCCGUGCAGCAAGCGUUUGCGCGCGCACUCUCGUACAAACAACAGAUUUCUACACAGCAAGACGACGAGGAUGUGAACGGUUAUUUGGAAAAUAAUGACGAGGAUGUUGACGAUGAAAUAGAGGGAGAAUAUUGAGAUAAUUUGUACAAAUCAUGCCUGCUGAGUGGGUUGUAACAUGUAAAUGUUUUGUCAAGGAAUGCAUGGAAAGGGCAAUAUUUUACAUUUGAACCGAAAUUAUUUAUUGGUCGCUUUUCCGCAGAGGUUUUUUUAGAAAGGUAUUUAAAUUUAUUCUCAGGUAUGUUAUUACAGUUCGCUCGACUUGAACUGCCAGCAUUGGGUGGCGCUCCCUUCAACAGCUACCAGUGGUCCCAGUCAGCUGGCAUUCGAGCCGUGACUGUGAAGCUGAUCGGCGCUUCCUUCUGUGAAUAUUUACGGUUAAGAGUGAACAGAAAUUAAUAUAAAUAAAAAACAAAAAACCUCUCCGGAGUAGCGAGGAUCUGAAGUGUAUUAGAGAACGGACAACACAACGUAGCAAGUAAACAAACAAUAGUAAUAGCCCUUGAUUGAACACAGUCAAUUUAUGGCGCAAGAUUGUGCAUCGUGAUAAACUAUAACUCAAUUUUUUCUUUAGAGAAGGAUUAUUACCGUGGCAAUACAUUUUAUAAAACGCAAAGGAAAUUACAAUUUUCUUUGAUGAAUCUUUCAGGCAGUCAUCCUUCUCUAAUACAAAUUAGACCGAUCCUACAUCUUCCAGUAAGUUCCUGCUACACAUCCAAAAUGCAUUCAUAUUUUUUAACACUUCUUGAGCUUUACUGAGUGACUACAUCAUAUAUGCUAUUUUAUACCAGAAUUUGUAAUAUAUAAUGUAUAGCUGUAUAGAUAUAUUACUAUUAGAUUCGUGUGUCUAUCUGCCCGCACCAAUUUUCUCGUGUUUGGUCAAGUUAAUAGA